AUGCAGUCCUUCAACUUCAUUCGAUCCCAACUGUUCACGUCAUCGGAAUAUCUCCCGCAAAACUCGAUAUCCUUGAACUCACAAGACCCAAGAAAGUGUACGACUUCGAUAUCUACCGACUCGGCCAAUGUUGGGGCAUGGAUUGAGGGGCUCGCUGUCUUCAACUAUAUCGCUGAUGAUGCGAGUCGUGAACAACUCAUGCAAGGAAGUCUCAGGAGCGCCAUAACCAAGAGCGAUUGGCAUACCAGUGAUCAAAUUCUUUCAAGCCCAGAAACUCUAAUGGGUAAUCUCAACCUCCCCCGCGGGCUUGCAGCCGUAUACCAACGCACUCAAUCCCCUGAACUCCGCGCCGAUAUUGAGAAGUAUCUGGCAGUUCAGUACAACGCCAUCCUGGAUCUAAGCACUGCCGACGGUAGCAACACUUAUAGCUAUAAUUGGUCUGGACCACCAACGAAUCCUACUUUCGAUUUCGAAGCGCAAAUUACUGUGCAAGGCAUUUUAAUAACCGCAAUUACCCUUAGUUCUGGUUCAAUUCGCUCAGUCUCCUCACACUCUUCGUCUGUGAAGGCCAUUGUGGGGGGUGUAGUGGGGGGUAUUGUCGGCCUCGUUCUUGUCGCCCUGGGACUCUAUCUCUACUUGCGACAUCGUAGUACCAAAGAGACAAAUAAACGGGGGAGUACAAGAAACAUAAGCAUGGAUGGAAAUGAAACAAGAGAUGAUAUUGAAACAAGAGGUGAUACUGGAACGAGAGGUGAUACUGAGGCGAGAGAUGGUACUGAAACGAGAGGUGAUACUGGAACGGGGGGUGGUACUGAGACGAGAGAUAAUACUGAAACGAGAGGUGAUACUGAAACAAGAGGUGAUACUGAAACAAGAGGUGAUACUGAAACAAUAUCCCCAAGCUCAAUGGGCGCAGUUCGGGAGAAGGAACAACCACUGCAUUACGUAUCCAGUAACCACCAACUCGCGCUAACGGAGGGACCGUCAGUGUCAGGAAGUGAAAGAGAUCAAGGCAACGAGCAGCUACACGAAGUUAUUCAAAGGCUCAGAGCUGACAUGCAUCGGGUACUUCGGGUACUGAACCAGGGGUUGGAUAGACCUUCUGAAAACGUUGGCACACAGGAUAUGCCACCGGAGUAUCCGGGAAGGUAG